AUGUAUAGUUUUCUCUUUUCCAGGGGACAGUUGACAGUUACUGGGACAGUCAGGGACAGUUACUUCUCAGAAGUACAGGCGAAGUUUUUUCCAGGCAUCUGCAAAAUCUACGAGGAAUUUCUCAAAAAGCAGAAUCCGUCAAUGGCCAGCAUCACAUAUGACGUCUCUCAUCUAUAUGAGUUUAUCGAUAAGCUCUCGGACCUUAGCUGUCUUAUCUUGAACACGGAGACAUGCCAGUAUGUGCCGCAUAACAAGGACUGGAUCAAGGAGAAAAUUUUCGUCAUGUUGAGGACUCAGGCGAGAAAUGAUUGA